AUGGACUGGCAACUUGCAGCAUCAAAGAAGAAGUCUAGCCUCGAGGCAGCUAUCCCUCCAGAAUGGCGCAUCAAGCCACCUACAUACGACUCAGUCAUGUCAUUCCCACGGCAGAGUGGGAUCUUGACUGAGGAGGAGCUGCAGAUCACCGAAUCCUCAGCUACUCAACUAGUGGGCGAUUUAGCUGCUGGAAAGCUGAGUUCAGUGGCUGUUACAACUGCUUUCUGCAAGAGAGCUGCGUUGGCACAUCAAGUGACCAACUGCUUCCAUGAAUUCUUCCCUGAUAUGGCCCUCGCCAGGGCACAGUAUCUGGAUGACUAUAUGGCCGAACACAAGAAGCCCAUUGGACCACUUCAUGGCCUGCCAAUCUCCCUAAAGGACCAGGUUCGCAUUAAAGGCCUUGAAACUACCAUGGGGUAUGCCACCUGGAUUGGAAAGAAGAACACCGAAGACUCCGUCCUAACUACCCUGCUACUCAAUGCCGGCGCCGUGCUCUACGUCAAGACCUCCGUUCCCCAAGCCCUAAUGGUAGGCGAAACCAUCAACAACGUCUUCGGCCGUACCACCAACCCUCGAAACAAGAACCUAUCUUGCGGCGGAAGCUCCGGCGGCGAAGGCGCCAUUCUUGCACUCCGCGGCAGUGUAUUAGGUGUUGGAACGGAUAUCGGUGGCUCGAUUCGAAUCCCAGCAGCAUUCAACUUGCUCUACGGUCUCCGCCCUAGCCAUGGUCGUAUUCCGUAUGCGAAUAUGGCUAAUAGUAUGGAGGGGCAAGAGACUAUCCAUAGUGUAUGCGGACCACUUGCCCAUUCGGUAGCUGAUAUGCGACUUUUUGUCACGUCUGUCCUCUCCCAGGAGCCUUGGCUCCAUGAUUCCAAGGUAAUUCCUAUGCCCUGGCGACAGAGCGAGGAGGACACUAUCAAGAUAAAGAUUGGGAGCGGUGGAUUAACCCUAGGAUAUUAUUUCUGUGACGGCAACGUACUCCCCCAUCCUCCCAUACUGAGAGCUAUUCAGACCGUCACCACCAAACUCAGCGAAGCCGGACACACAGUCCUCCCUUGGGGGCCCUACGAGCACCCGUCCGCCAUCGACCUCUUCAUGUCUAUCAUCGGCGCCGACGGAGGAACCGUAAUCCAAAACAUAGCAGACCUCACACCCGCAACGCACUCAAAACUAAGCAUAAACGAUCUCUGGGACCUGCACCUCAGGAAAUGGAACUACCAAUGCGCAUACCUAUCGAAGAUCCGGGAAUUCGAGAAGAGAAUCGGCAGGGAGCUCGAUGCUAUUAUUGCCCCUGUAGCGCCGCAUGCUGCGAUCCGGCAUAACCAGUUCAAGUACUAUGGAUAUACCACUAUUGUGAAUCUGCUUGACUUCACGAGUGUUGUUGUCCCGGUUACGGUUGCGGAUAGGGGUGUUGAUGUCAGGAAUGAGGUUAAGUCGUUGUCGGAGGUUGAUGCGGUUGUUCAGGGGGAGUAUGACCCCGAUGUGUAUCAUGGCGCACCGGUUGCUGUCCAGAUUAUUGGACGCCGUCUGACUGAGGAGAGGGUUAUGGCUAUUGCAGAGGAGGUAGGGCGUCUACUUGGAUAA